AUGCCCGAUAAAGACUCCACCACACCCCGUGUCUUCCUCUACCGACACGGGCAGACGGAAUGGUCCAAGAACGGACGGUACACCGGAAUAACUGAGCUUGAGCUCACCCAAGAUGGUGUCAACCAAGUCAAUGCAUCUGGCAAGAUGAUUGUCGGAUCCGGCAAAUUGAUUGACCCGGCUAAGCUUGCCCAUGUCUACAUCAGUCCUCGCAGGCGGGCAAUGCAGACCUAUGAGAUUGCUUUCUCUGAUGCCGAUAAGCAAGCGCUUAAAGAUGCACAGAAGGUCUCUGAAACCGACAGAUUGGCCGAGUGGGAUUACGGUUUGUAUGAAGGUCUGUUGACUAAACAAAUCCGGGCCUUGAGAAAGGAGCACGGUCUGGAUACCGAGAGCGAGUGGGAUAUCUGGAGAGACGGCUGUGAGAAUGGAGAGUCUGCGCAACAGGUGACGGACCGUCUUGAUAAUCUCAUUCAGGAGAUUCGUGCGAUGCACAAGGACAACAUGCACGGAGAGAACCCUUCUGAUAUCCUGCUGGUUGCACACGGACAUUUGCUUCGUGCCUUUACCAAGCGCUGGUUGGGAUACCCUAUGGAGUUCCCUCUUUCUCUGAUGCUCGACCCUGGCGCUGUUGGCGUCCUCAGUUAUCAGCAUCACAGCAUUGAUGAACCUGCUAUGCUGGUUGGUUACGGAUACCCGUUGCAGGAAUGA